AUGAAAACAUUUUGUUAUACUCGAAAUCAAAUAACAGGAAAAUUAGAAGCUGUUGGAGAUACAAUAGAACUAUUUCAUUUUAUUUUACAUCCAAAAGAUGAACAAAAUUUAAUUCGUGAAGAACAAGAUAAAGGAAAAGAAUUAUAUUCAGUUUUAGUUCAAUUUGAAAUUAUUCAAAGAGAUACAAUAAGAAAAAUAUUUCGAAAUAAUUCACAAGAACGAGAUAAAAUAGAAAAGAUAAUUCGGAAUGAUCUUGAUCCUUCGAUUGCCGAUCCAUUAAUUAGUUUAUUAAAUAAAUUAAAAGAUAAUAUUAGUCAACAAAAUCAAUAUUUUUAUCAAACAGAUUUACCAUUUACUAUUAAAGAAGAAGAAGGAAAUAAUAUUCGAAUUUAUCUAAAAGAAAAAAAUAUUUUAAAGUCUGGUGGACUUGCUAAAUAUAAAUAUGUAGAUAUUAAAAGAAAUAUUGAAAGAAUUUUAAAAAAUAUUCAAUUUGAAAAUGAUAAAGAAUUAAUUUGGUCGAAAAUUUUGUCUUUACAAGGAGAUAUUCGUUCAUUUAAAAAAGAUUUAAAAGCUAAUUUAAAAGAUUUUAUAAAUCUUCAAGAUCAAGAAAAUGUUCCAAAAGAUAAAUCUUGGUGGGAUUGGAAUGCUUUUGCCGUUGCAAUGAUAGGACUUGUUCAAGUCAUUGCUGGAGCUGUUUUAGUAGCCUUUGGUUUGACUCAGAUAGGCAAUGCUUUAAUAUCAGGUAUUUUUAGUUGGAAAGAAUGGGCAAUACAAAAAGCAAUUAGCUUCGGUCUCUCUAUGUUGACUGCUGGAAUUGGAAAGUUUUUGACGGAUAAAAUUAUGGAACAGAUUCAAGAAAAUGUUAUACAAAAGAUUAAACCUCUUUAUCUUCAAAAAAAAACAUUAGGAAAAGAUAUUUUAUUACCUCAACAAUUUGAUAAUAUUCGAACACGAGUUGUCUCUUCUUUAAGAAAUAGUUAUCAUCUAUUUGCUGAUGGUCUAAAAAAAUCAAAUUCAAAAUACGUUAAAAUAGCUGCUACUACUCUUAAAGCAAUAGAUAUCAUUAAUAAGUUGUGGACUGUAGUUCAAUCUGUCUUACAGUUCGAACAUGUCUUUAUAAUACUUUAA